AUGAGUAGCAACAUAGACGCGGAGGUCGCUCUCCGGGUGGUGAAUGGCUCAUAUAAGCCUGCCGGACUCCCGAAGCCGAAAGACGUGCAGAUUUCAAGAGUGAACAAGCGCUCUGGAGCAUUCGCUUGGCCGUCGAGGUUCUUCUUGCGAGAAAACAUAUCAGUCAGCUGGGGAAACUCGCCCUUUAUCGCCGAGGACCUCAAGUCGACCGCCGCAGAGCUAGAGGGAGACGAUGUCGGUUUCAUGCUUAGAACCGAAGAGAAUUGGGCGCCGGACCGAUAUCGGAUUGACUGUAUUCUUGACAUCGUCCGGGAAGCUAGCCUCAGAAAGCUUCGGGAAGGAGAUGAAGGUGCACAGAGAGAGAAGAUCGCACUCCUAAUCGACGGCAACAACUCCGGGGCACAACCAACUUUCCGGGAGUUUCUUGGCGGCCUCACCGCGCAAGAGCUGCAUGAAGAACUCAGGAAGCAGCGCUAUGGUGAUGACGACGAGGUCCCCAUUGUUAAUGCUGACCGGAGAUUGAUCUAUAUAUCUAAUUUGGAUGCAUGGGGCAUUCUCACACUUGUUGGGACUGCACCUGAAUCUCCAUCUCGUCUUUUGGGCGACUUCAUGAUCAACUAUAUAUGUGCAAGCCCGUCAAUCGGAGGUUCAUUUUCUACUGAGGGGCCAGAGACAUUCACUAUGCAGUUUUCCUUACCAUUUCGUGUAUGGAGAUCUAACAAUGGAUCGAUGAGUGACAAUCGUCAAAAGAAGCCUCCAGGAGAGCCACUUCGAGCAUCGAGAAAUGCCACAUUCUUGAGGUGCCUAGCGCAGUGUCAAGGGCCUCUGAACUACACGGAUGGCAUCUACGCUACUACCAUGAGUUGUAUGGUCACUGGCUAUGACCAAUGGCGUUGGACCGGAUUGGUUCUCUUGGAAACCUGGUUCGAUGAGAUCCUUGAUGACCCGUCGCCAGAUAUGAUAACUCGAUACGAGAACGAUUUCCAGGAUGGAAUGAUCUCAGAUCCUCUGUGCAGAGGAAAGGAUGAUGCGACCAGAACCGAGUGGUCUCCUCGGCCUUAUUUCAUCCAUGUUCUCGAGAUACGUAUUGUACAGAUUUAUCGAGAUGUUCCUCCGUUGUCAUCAGGCCAAAAUGUCGCUUACAAACAGGGUCAGAUCCUGCGGGACUUCGAUGAGUUUGAAAGGGGCUUCAGCGAACUUAAGGACAUUCUAAAAGAGCUCGCGCAGGAUUUGAAAGAGACCGCCAGAAGCGGCGAAUCCUUCAUGAAUACGGACACGCAAAUCCGAAACACGUUCACCAUUCUGAUCGAGCCACUAGGGAUGAGACUUAGAGACAUGCAGCAAAAGUCCAGAGACAAGAUAAAUGAGGCUACGCCGAGUUAA